UGUUGCAGGGUAGUACCUUAUGGAAGAAUAUGAUGGAAGAAGAAACUAUGAAUGGAAAAACUCCAAAGAUUUCAGGAAAGGAUAAAAAUUCUUCAAAGAAGACACUUGGAACAUUACAGAAAUACAUGAAUGAUCAGAAAAGUAGCAAUAUAUUGAAACCAAAAGCAUUGAAUUCAGCACCUUGGGAUGGAAUGCAAAAUCCUGAUCUCCCAGACACCAUGGCCAGCCAACUCAAAUCCCAAGACUCUGAUGAGGUUGUUUCAAACUGUGGCAGCUUGGAAUGUUCUUCAAGUUCAAGCAGGAAAAUAGUGUCACCAGAAUUUCAUGAUCAUUACUACAAAACUGAGUCCAAAAAGCUUCUUGGGGCUACUGAUGAUAUGGUGAUGAGCUUGUUGCACAUGGAUUACUCUGGGAGGCCUCAUUGCAAGCCUCCUAUCAACAAUCGUCAGCCUUCGCUCAACAGUGUGAAACCAUAGUUAGUAUUAGCUUUUUAGGUUCACAACUUUGCCUUCCCCAAAUUAAUAGAAGUUCUUUAACUUUUGUUUCUUUUUUUAAUUAUUAAAUAACCAUGUU